UGACAAAAACAAAUAUGAGAAAUAUACAAUGGUAGUCUAUUUGUUUAUCUUCAGAGAUAACUAUUUUUUGUACUUUUCCUAGUUCAACUUUGGCCAACUAGUAAUAAACUAUGACAUCUCAAUUUCAAACUCACAUGUAAAAUGUCAAAUUCUUUGAAUUUUCCAUGAAACUUCUAGCUGGCAUUUGACAUAUCCCCUUCUAUAAAUAUAAUCAAUACUUAUCCACCCAUUCCACACAACAUAAAAACAUCGCAAAAAUUACUUUCAAGUUUCAAUCCACAAAAACCAUACUCUAAGAACACCAACCUUUAGGUUCAAGUUUAGCAAAAAGAAUAGUUCAUACAAAAAUGGAGGGACUUAUACCAUAUCUUGUGCGUGCAAUCAAGAGGCAAAACCUACACAACCAAAGCUUCCGAUGCCUCUCCGACGGCUCAAGGCGAAGCUACCACUUAUUAGGUAACGCUGGCGGUGAUUCUGUUAAUGGGUCGUCGCACAGGCGAACGCAAUCGGAGUUUCAAGCCCCGACUGCGAUGGAUUUACAGCCUGAAGUUGACCAGUUUGUACGUUCACGUAGCAUGAAGAGUAACAACAUCAACAUGAUGGAUAACAAAGGGUUAAGGCAAACUCAUCAUAAUGCUCCUGCUGCUUACAAUUAUAAUUAUGAUUAUGGUGAUAGGCUUGGUUCUAAUACGAUUAACAAGUUUCAUCAGUAUUAGUUAGAAAUCUAGUUCAGAAAUCAGAAUGGCAAAAAUCAUUUUGCAAGUGUGAAAAUCUAGUUUCUACGUGUGUACGUAUUAAUGUUUUUUGUCCUUUAUUUAAUUGGUUAUUUGUUGUUAUUGGAGUGGGUGAAAGCUUUUGUAAGAUUCCAUCAGCAAAAUGAUGGAGAUAAUUAAACAAGUUGGAACCAUUAUGAAAGUGGACAAAUGUGUACAAAUUA